AGCAUAUUCUCCGCAACAUUUCUACCAAAAUAGAAUUCUUGACCAAUAUGUAGCUAAACGUGCAAAUAAAAUUACACUUCGGCAACUUAUUGUCUUCGGUCGUAAUCUAUCCGAAGAAAGAAUUAUCCGAAGUGGGAAUUAUGUUAGAACUGAACUUGCGAUAAGAUUGGCCCAUAGGAUAAGGAAUUUCCAAAAUUUACCUUUCAUCGUUGGAACAAAUCCGCACAUAGCAAAAGUAUACGAUUUAUAUUGGACUGCGUUUGAAACAUUUAUAAAAUUUCCACCCAUAAAAACAAUGGCGGAUAAUGAUGAAUUUUGUAAAGUCUUAAAAACUCUACUGAAAGAUCAUUUGGUUGUAAUUCCACAGCUGGCUAUGGGAAUUAUGGAAUGUGGUGAGCACUUAACUGCGGAACAAGUUAAUCGCUUUAUGAACACUAUGCUAAGAUCACGUAUCUCAAGAAGAGUUUUGGCUGAACAGCAAAUUGCGUUGACGGAAAAUUGGCACGAUCCUGGAUAUGGUUACGGAUCGGAUGAAAGUGGCGAAUAUAUUGGUGUGGUAUCAACUAAAUGUAAUGCUAAAGAAAUCGUAGAGAAAUGUGCAGAAAUGACGAACAAUUUGUGUAAAACUAUUUAUAAUAUUGAAUCACCAGCUGUUAUUAUAGAUGGUGGGAACGACACUGUAUUUUCUUAUAUACCUGAUCAUAUAGAGUAUAUUAUUUAUGAAUUAUUAAAGAAUUCUAUGAGAGGUGUAUUAGAAAAACAUGGUUCUUUACUAUCACAAUCGCCACCACCUAAAGAUACACAAGCGCAACUUCCACCAAUUCUAGUAACAAUAUGUUCAGGUUUAACGGAUAUCUACAUUCGUAUAUCAGAUCAAGGCGGAGGAAUUCCUGACAGAAUAUAUCCGCACAUUUGGUCAUUUUGGCAUGCAAGUAAUGACAAAAAAAUUUCUCAUAAAUUCACGAAUUUUUCCAAAGUUCCACAAAUGGCAGGAACGGUGCAAGAAAAUAUAUCUCCAGAUUUACGUUUAGGUAUUGGAUUACCGAUGAGUAAAGUGUAUGCUGAGUAUCUAGGUGGUGAACUGACUAUUUUUACAAUGGAUGGUUAUGGCACUGAUGCCUAUAUCAAGAUUACUAAAUUAGGUAAUAAGGAAGAAAAUUUAGUGUGA